GAUUGAGUAGGGCACAUGACACUAUUCUCAGUCGAAGGUGGACGCGGGACUUCCUCUUUCUUUCGCGCAUUAAGAUUUGAAAAAUGCCAGGGAUGAGAAGCGGUGAUGUUGAAGCCCAAAAUCCAGAGUCACAAGAGAAGCAGGGUGACCUUGAAAAACCUACUGAGUCUGAAGAGAAGGUAGACUUUGAUGGUGAAAAUGAUCAAGGCGAUACCAUGGAGGAUGAAGUUGAAUAUGAAGAAGUAGAGGAGGAGGAGGAAGUGGAAGAGGAAGAGGAAGAGGAAGAUGAAGAGGAGAGGGUGGAGGAAGAGACUGACGGGGCUGGCAAUAGAAAUGUUGCAGAUACUGAGGAUGAAGAUGAGAAAAAGAAGCAUGCAGAGCUUCUUGAACUUCCACCUCACGCGUCAGUGGUUUACAUUGGUGGCAUUCCUCACAAUGCUUCUGAAGAGGAUUUAAGGGACUUCUGUCAAUCUGUGGGAGAUGUAUUUGAGGCUAAGAUUAUGAGGGGAAAAGAAUCUGGGGAAGCGAAAGUUUAUGCAUUUGUGACCUUCAAGACAAAGGAGAUGGCUUCUAACGCUAUUGAGAAGCUGAACAAGUCUAAAUUUCAGGGAAAUGAAAUAAAAUGCUCAGCAUCUAAAGAAAAACAUAGGUUGUUUAUUGGUAAUAUUCCUAAACACUGGACAGAGGAAGAUUUGAGGAAGGCUAUUACAGAAAUUGGGCCUGGUGUCAAUUCUGUUGAACUGAUGAAGGAACCAAAGAAUUCAGAUCGUAAUCGUGGAUUUGCUUUUGUUGAGUAUCACAAUCAUGAAUGUGCAGAAUAUUCAAGGCAGAAGAUGUCCAACUCAAAAUUUAAACUCGACAGCAAUGCUCCGACCGUGAAGUGGGCUGAACCUAAGAGUGCUGAAUCGCCUGCAGCCUCCCAGGUAAAGGCCGUGUAUGUAAAGAAUCUGCCAGAAAGCAUUACCCGGGAUCGUCUUAAAGCGUUGUUUGAGCAUCAUGGAGAGAUCACAAAAGUGGUACUCCCUCCUGCUAAAGCUGGCCAUGAAAAGAGCAGAUUUGGUUUUGUUCACUUCGCCGAGAAGUCAUCAGCAAGGAAGGCGUUGGAGGGUACCGAGAAAUAUGAAAUUUACGGCCAAGUUUUGGAGUGUUCACUUGCAAAACCACAAGCAGCUCAGAGGUCAUCCAGGACACCGGUUUCACAGAGCUCAGUUGCACUGCCAACUUAUCCAUCUCAACUCGGUUAUGGUUUGGUUGGAGGUGGCUAUGGUUCUUUGGGUUCAAGAUAUGGUGCAGCUGGCUUUACACGACCGUUGGUCUAUGGCAGGGGAGCGGCUUCUUCUGGUAUGGCAAUGAUGCCUAUGCUCUUACCUGAUGGAAGGAUUGGAUAUGUAUUGCAACAGUCAGGAUUGCAACAGCAUUCCCGUCCACCGCCAUCCCUUGGUGGCAGGAGAGGUGGCAGCUCCAUUGGUGGGAGACGCAGUAAUGACAGGAAUCGGAGCCGAUAUCAUCCCUACUAACAUAAUUGUCUUCCCUUCGACUUCAAGAAGCAACGAACUUGAAGCUUCCCUGCUGGAAAACUCAGCUUGGUGCAGGCUGAUGAAAAUUCAUGAUCCGUACCAAUUCUGUGCAUGUAUAUAUUUCUUAGGGUCAAUAACGGCUGUAAAGGAAUUUAUAGAACCGAGUAAUCUGCGGGACGAGGCUAUACGAUUGAUGGGGUCAAGGUUGUUUUUUGAUCAUUAGGCCGUAUUUUAUGUUGCUGAAGUUAAAUUUAGGAAAUAUAUUAUAAUCUUUUGUUUUUGAACCUUCAA